CCCCGCACACGGACACGGCGCCGCCCCCCACCCCGGCAGAUUGAUCUUCUAAUGUAAACUGAUUCCCUCUCUGAAGCCUGCUAAGUACAUUGUUACAGGUCUUCUUGCUACCAGGUCUCUGGAUGGCAAACUCUGAAAAGAAAUGCUGGUUUGAGAGUGUAAGGGAAGAUGGUGCUGCUAUGUUCAUGUGCUUAUGGACUGUAAUCAAGAAAAUGGAGCCACUCUGUUAUCAGAGGUGCACACUUUCGGGAUGAGAAGAAUUGCACACAAAUUACAGUGCAGGACCAUUCAGUGCCAUUAAAUAAUUGGAGCUUUUUUUUGGCAAUGACAAUUGGUCAGAACCUGGAACAGGUUGCCUAGAGAGACUGUGGAGCAUUCAUUCCUGGAUCUGUUUGAGCGCAGCGAGACUGUGCCCAAGGACACCAAAGAUGCUAACCAGAAAGAUUAAGCUCUGGGACAUUAAUGCCCAUAUAACCUGUCGUCUGUGCAAUGGAUACCUGAUUGAUGCUACCACUGUAACAGAAUGCUUACAUACAUUCUGUAGAAGCUGCCUGGUGAAAUAUUUGGAAGAAAACAACACCUGUCCAACAUGUAGAAUUGUUAUACAUCAGAGCCACCCUUUGCAGUAUAUUGGUCAUGACAGAACAAUGCAAGAUAUUGUUUACAAACUUGUGCCAGGCCUCCAAGAAGCGGAAAUGAAAAAGCAAAGGGAAUUUUAUCACAAACUGGGCAUGGAAGUUCCAGGAGACAUCAAAGGGGAGACAUGUUCUGCAAAGCAGCAUCUGGAUUCUCAUCGAAAUGGUGAAACUAAAACAGAUGAAAAUUCAAACAAAGAAACUUCAGAGGAAAAACAGGAAGAAGAUAAUGACUACCACCGAAGUGAUGAACAGGUAAGCAUCUGCUUGGAAUGCAAUAGCAGCAAACUGCGUGGAUUAAAACGAAAAUGGAUUCGCUGUUCAGCACAAGCAACAGUCCUGCAUCUAAAGAAGUUCAUUGCCAAAAAACUAAACCUUUCUUCUUUUAAUGAGCUGGACAUAUUAUGCAAUGAAGAGAUUCUUGGCAAGGACCACACGCUCAAGUUUGUAGUUGUUACAAGAUGGAGAUUUAAGAAAGCACCUCUACUGCUACAUUACAGACCCAAAAUGGACUUGCUGUAAGAGAACUUUAUUGUCCUUCUGGACAGAGCUUUUUGCAGAGACUAUCAUCUGGCACCUUCUUAGUGCAUCACUAAUCACAUGAUAUGAAUCAGACGAAUAAUUUUGGAAGACUGUAGUGCUUUCGUAGCUGACUGUCCUUCUGAAUAUUUCUCCUGGGGAUGUGUUAUCUGGAUUUCUGGACAGAAAAUAUUUAUACUUAUUUUAUAUGAAAGAAAUCAAAACUCAACAAGACACUACCAGCACUAGGUUUACAGAUAUUGAAAACACUUCACAGUUCCAUGUAGCUCAGCCUGACUCAUCUCUUACAGUUACACAGAAAUAAGUUAGAAUGUUGUGGGGUGAUUUUAAAAAUGUUGCUUUUGACACCAAGUUGCAUUUAGUUACUUUUCACAUUCUGAAUAUUUAAAAAUAUAUUUUUGCAAAGUGUUCUUGUCUUAUAUAGUAUGCCUGAUUGCAUUGGCUUUAAUCAAGUUCUGUAGGUCAUUGAACAUAAUUAAUGAUAUAGUGACUGGUGAUAUUUAUUAUGCUGCAUUGAAAACUUUUGAAAAUCUGGGAAAACAAUGGGUUUAUUUGUUGGUUUUAUCCAGUUGUUGCUCUCUCUCAGUUUCUGUUUUAGUAAAGUUUUAAUGCCCUUUUUGCAUGGUGAUUUGGUAAGAUUAAUUGUAAUCUCUGCAGCUGAUUUUAAUGUGCCCUGAUAUUUUGCUGUGGCAUAUAUUGCACCACGUAAUGAUAAAUACUCAAAAGUGCUAGAUUUAUGAACUUUAAAUAUAUAUAUAUAUAUAUAUAUAAACAUUUCUUAUGUAGCUAUGGCUUGCAGAAAUCAGUUUUUACUGUAAAGAGAAUUUAUUCUCUCUGGCUAAUGAAACACUGGCUCUUGGACAACAUUGGGUGAUACUGCACAAUUUUCACUGAUUAAAAUUCCUUAGAGAAGUAGAAGCAGCUCUAUAUUUUAGUAACAGCUUCGUAUUUUCUUUAUCUAUUUUUUCUGAAACUGUUCUGUUUUCUUUAGUACAAUUACUUACUGUUUUGGGGGGUCAGACAAGAUUAUUUUCACACCUCUGGCCUUAAUUGAUAACAGUACUUGCAUCAGCCCUAGCAAAUGCAAGGUAACAUAAAUGCCAUGUAUGUGUGUACAUAUAUAUAUACACACAUAUGACUGUUUGUGUUAUGGAAUGCACCCUCAAUAGCACUUAGCAGUGUUCACUGCAUUGUAAGGCUUUUUGAAAUUGUCACUUUUUUAAAAACAGAGUUGAAAGUGAUUUCUGCAAGCUGUAUAUUGUAUAGCACAUAUAGGACAAGAGCAUUUGGCUGCCAGCGUGUUGAGUUAUCUAGAACUCCAAACAUACUAUUAACAUCUGGAAACAGUUAACCUUCUAACUUUUGGAAGGUUUUUCCAAUCAGCUGAAAAUGCUAGCUGCUAUACGUAUUAUUUUUUAUAAACUGCCUUUGGAUAAGAAAGUAAGCUUGCUUGUAACUGCCCUGCUUUGUCUGUCUGUGCUUAUUCCUCUCUUCAGCAAGAAAGUAUAAUUUAUUACUGAUAACAGGAAGCUGAUUGUGGAAGAGGUUUAUCUCAUCAUUUGAAGUCAUCUUCUCAAGCUUUCAAAGCACCACAUUCCUUAGCGUAUCUCCUGCACUUUUAUUCUUUGGAGUUUUCAGCCCUCCUUUCUUAGCUGUGCUGCUGCAGAAAGGAUGCUCCAUUUUCUGUUUAUCUUUCCAAAGAUAAAAUAUCUUUCUCGUUUUCAUUUAUAGUCACAGAUGUGAAUGGGAAGUAAAUCAGAAGAUACGCAGGCAGAGAAAGAAAGGGAGCCUACUGAAAUAUGGGGAUGUAAAGGAGGUGCAAAUGCUAAAAAAGGCUGCAAAUGUGAGGGCAAGAUGAUAGGUAGACUGAAUGCUUGCAUUAGGCAGAACUCCAUAUCCAGGCCUUUGGUGUGAGCAUGCAUGCUCCUAUAAGCAAUGAACUUUGCUCCAAUUUUGUUCUGCCGUUUCCAGCUCAAAUCUAUUUCAGCUUUUACCUUUGGUUAACACGAAUUAGCAGAUGAGAUCAUGAGCCUAUCUUUUUACAGUCUUUAAUGUAAAAAACUGAAAGCAGGUGUUACAAAUGCAUAUGCAGAUUGACAUACUGGGCCCUUCUGGAGCUGUUCAUGCUGUUGACGUUCCCUUGUAAAUAAGGGACUGGCUGUAGCUAGUGAGAAACUGAGAGUACAAACAGGGCUAUAGAUGGGCCACUCUCUGCACCUGAUGCAGACACAGAAUUAAAGCUCACAGAGAGUUUGUUGAUUAAGGUGGCUUUUGUAUGUGUACGUGUGUGCAUAUAUACAUACUAACCCACACUCUUUAUGUAUACACAUGCUUCCUGAGAGAAAUCUGCCUACCUUGGAAGAGUGUAUUGCAGAAAGCUUUUGUACAUCUAGACUCUGAAGCAGUGCUUAUAAAGCGUGCUAGGAUUUUAGCACUUUCCACUGCAGUUGGAACAGUACUAAUUUGUACUCAGUUGUACAGCUGAGAACUCAGCUGCAAAAAAGCAAAUUCAGAAGCCUUUCAAGUCUUUCUCUUGGUAUAAUAAUCUGCAGUACAAAAUGUAUAUUUGGAAGUUUGUAGCUCUAUUUAGAAUUACUUGAAUAUAUAAUGGUGCUACCAGUACUUUGAAAAUUCUGUUGAUAACUAUAUAGAUAGGUAAAUUCAAGGCAGUAUUAAUACCUAUAAAUGCUUUUUUUGUUCGUUUUGUUUUGGUUUGUUUGUUUGUUUGUUUUCUCAUUUGUGUGCAACUGCUUUUGCAAUGUCUUUAAUUUGAUAAAGCCUCUUCAGUAAAAAGAAAAGGAAAAAUAUAAGAGAAAUCCCAGUUAUUUUUCUAAAUCAUAUGCCAUAGCAUCAUUGCUAUGGAUAUUCUUUCCCUCAGGAGGGGUUGGGAUUGUGUCUGGACCACAUAUUUAUUUACUCUAGCCUUACUAGAAGACGACAAUGCAAUUGAAUUGAACUGAGAGGGAGGCCUCCUUUGGGUCAGAGCUCUGUUUCACUUCUGCGAAGCUUAAGAGACAGUUAAUUUAUAUCAAGAUUAUAUAGGAACCGGGGUUCUGUUCAAACCUGAACGGAAAGUUGGACUCAGCAUAGAUAUCUCUGUGUCCUAGUGAGAUCAUGCUCAGUUUAUUUUGGAUUUUGUCAAGAUGGCACUACUGUGAAGUAGUUUUCACAAUUGCUUACGCUGGUAAAUAAUUGCAGUAAAGAAGUAUCUUGUUACGUUGCCCUCAGCAGCAAUGAGACUGAUGAAUCACCCAUGCUCAGAGUCUCAUUAAAUAUAGUUUCAUUAAAAACAGAGAAUUCAGAUAGAAUAUAUGAUAUUAAAUUUAAAUAAGAUUUGGGAUGUUAAAAGUUAACUCUAUAAAAUUAUUUAUUCUAUUUUAA